AAUGGGUUUGACAGAGGAGAAGAUGGUGUUCUCUUUUGAGUCUCAGAAAUCAGUGGCAGCACCUUUCCUCACAAAGACAUAUCAACUUGUUGAUGAUCCUCUCACAGACCACAUUGUUUCAUGGGGUCAAGAUCAAACCACUUUUGUUGUCUGGAGACCUCCUGACUUUUCCAGAGAUCUUCUUCCCAACUACUUCAAACACAACAACUUCUCAAGCUUUGUUAGGCAACUCAACACCUAUGGUUUCAAGAAGGUAGUUUCUGAUAGGUGGGAGUUUGCCAAUGAGUACUUCAAAAAAGGAGCUAAGCACCUUUUGUGUGAAAUACAGAGGAGAAAAUCACCUCAGCAACAUCAUGAACAAGAUCAAACUCUCUGCUGGCUUCAUACUCCUCUUUCAUCUCCAAAACCAAGCACAGACAUUCUAACAUCCCUUUCUGAAGACAACCAAAGACUAAGGAAAAACAACUUCAUGCUCUUGUCAGAACUUAGUCACAUGAAGAGUUUGUACAAUGACAUCAUAUAUUUCAUCCAAAACCAUGUUAAACCUCCACCACCCUUUGAACAAAGAACCAGCACUUCCGUUCCAAAGCUGGUGGACAAGUCCUUGUUCACUUCUUCUGAAGAAUCAAACAGUUCUGUUAAGCUCUUUGGGGUCCUUCUAAGUGGCACAAAGAGAUUGAACCCAGAUAACAUUAAUUGAUGAUUUGUCCCAUUCUUCAUGGUUAGCUUUUCUUGUUUUUUAUUUAUUUUAUAUAUAUUGUAUAUAACUGUGUUUAAUUUACAAUGUUACAUUUUGGUACCCCAACAGAAUUUUCCAGUUAUAAGAUGUGUCAAUGAAAUAGCAGGGUUUUUUCCUCGCUGUUGAAGUUGGAACCACAAAAGUAUAAUAUUGU